CCCCUGUCAGAGAGUUACAGUUGUUCAUUGCUAAACAAGAUACUGCACAACAACAUCAUAGAGCCUAUCAUCCCUUCAGUUUGUCAGUGAAAGAAAGCAGACAGAACAUUAUUGUAAGCCCCUUCCCACACAAUAUACCACAGUAGUCAUGAAGGUUGCAUCUUUCAACAUCCAGAAAUUUGGGAAGCAUAAGCUAUCAAACCCAAACACCCUUGCUACCCUUGUGAAGAUUGUGUCUCGCUAUGACAUCAUACUGAUUCUGGAGGUGGUGGAUGAGAGAGAAACUUCAGUGAAAAAGUUCCUGGAGGAAUUAAAUAAGGCCAAUAAGGAACAACACUACACUCUGAAAAUCAGCCCUCGUCUGGGAAGAGACAAAUACAAGGAGCAGUUUAUGUAUCUGUACAGGAAUGAUUUGGUGGACUUGGUUGGUUCCUGGCAAUAUGAGGACAACCAGCCUGGAGAUGUGGACGCCUUCGCCAGGGAGCCUUACAUUCUCCGCUUCAAAUGUCACAAAACUGUGCUGGAGGACUUGGUACUGAUCCCAGUGCACACCAAGCCUGACGAUUCAGUGAAGGAGCUGGAUAAGCUUUAUGAUGUCUUCCUGGAAGUGAAAAAUAAAUGGGAGACUGAUAACGUUAUGAUCCUAGGUGACUUCAAUGCAGACGGUUCCUACCUUUCUAAAAAGGGCAUGAAAGCCAUCCGUAUCCGGAGUGACAAAAAUUUCCACUGGCUGAUUAAAGAUGAUGUGGAUACCACAGCAAACACAGGCAACGAUAACACUUAUGACAGGAUUGUGAUCUAUGGGGAUGACAUGCUUGACGCCGUCGUGCCAAACUCUGCCAAACCAUUCAACUUCCAGAUUGAAUACGGGCUUUCAGAAGAAGAUGCCCUGAAGGUGAGCGACCAUUACCCUGUGGAGGUAGAGCUGAAAAGGAAAACACCAACAGAACAGAGCUCUGCGACUGGGAAAUAGAACCCUGUACAUGGACAGGAGGACGGAGGAAGUGAGUGAAGAGGUGAUGGAGAUGGAGAAGAAGCCUUAUCCAACCAGAGAAGCUGAAUUUAGAGAAACUGGUGCUGAAGAUUCGGGUGGUCAACCUUGGGAAAAGUUACAUUGAUCUGUGAUUAAAUCUUACCACAAUACUAGUCAUAUUAAUACUGUAUAUCAUAGUUGUAUGUCUAGUGUAGCUACUGAUCUAAUACUGAUGUGUAUCUUGACAGAAUCUCAAAUAAAGAUGAUGGAGUGAAAAUCC